AUGGAUUCAAGAAGAACGCAAUUCAGAGACAGUAUCCAAUUGUGGCAAAGGAACAUCGAUGUUAUCAGUAACAGUCAAGCUGAACCUUCACCCUUUCUCAAGUUCUUUUACGGCGGCUGGCUUGAAACAUACGACCCGUUUGGUGGCGAAGAGUACCGAAAGCAGAUGGUGGUCGACGACAAGGCUGUUGUGCACCUAUUAUUCGAGGACACCCACACCCUCAUCCUCACAUUGGAUGUCACGGAGAGGGAGGAGCUUGAUUUAACCCAGCAAACCCAUGCUGCAUUUCUCAGAUCUACGCCACAGAGCUGCGUGUUCCCUGGCUGGCCAAUUUACAAAGCGUCAUCAGAAGAUAAAGCGACCCAAGCGGCGAAUUUGGAGACACCACAAACAUUUAUGUGCUUCCCACGCCUGCCGGAACUGCAAAUCUCCGUCCUGCGCGAAGCUCUCACAUGUCCUUGA